GAGAGAGAAGAGAGGGGUCUGAAAAUGUUCUUCUGAAGCUGCGUGCCUGAUUACAGUCGAAUCUUUUGUUCAAAACCUGCUAGUAUCUGUCACAGUCAUGUCAAGAUAUCAUAAAGCAGCCAUUGAUGGCUAUUUGGAUCUCUUAAAGGAGGCCACUAAAAAGGAUUUGAACACCCCUGACGAGGAUGGCAUGACACCCACUCUGUGGGCAGCUUACCAUGGGCGACUGGAGGCUCUUCAGCUUAUCUGUAGCAGAGGUGGAGAUCCUGACAGAAGUGAUAUCUGGGGGAACACACCCUUACACCAUGCAGCCUCCAACGGGCACAUGCACAUCCUUAGCUUCCUGGUGAACUUCGGAGCCAAUCUCUUCGCUUUGGACAAUGACUUCCACACUCCUAUGGAUGUGGCUGCCUCCAGGGAUCAGAUGAAUUGUGUCCGCUUCCUAGACAACGCCGCCUCUCAGCAGACCCACCAGAAUGCAAAGAAAGUGGCUCGCUUAAAGGAGCAGGCAGUCAAAGAUGCGGAGCGCAGGGUGAAGCUGUGCGAGAAGGUCAAGAAGAGGCAUCAGAGUAAGAUGGACAAGAUGUAUCGUGGUGGUGGCUCUGUCUCCGAAGCCAGCAUGUCUUCUCUCUCCAGCACAGGCACAAUGAACAACGUCAAUGAGCAGUUCUCAAAGCUCAUCGCCUCAGACACAACUGGGUCUAUCAAGGCAACGAUCAAGGGAACCCUCCAGCGCAAGUUUGGAAAGAAGGACAAGGAAACUGUGUCUAGACAAGGGGACAGCAAUGUUAUAUAUGUAAAGCAGGAGAAUGGAAAUGCAGAAAAGCCAGACUUCACAGAUGUCUUCAACGAGCUGGAUGAAAACGAGGAUGAUGAAGAUGGAAUGGGAGGUUUCAAAGAUGAAAAAGAUGAAGAAGGUGCUGGUCAAGUGAAGGAGUCCAUUUUCAAAAGACCCGGCCUCGGGAACAUGGUUUUCCGAAAGAAUUUCUCCAUGGAAAUGGGCAUUGAGCCAGAUGAAUUCCCCAGUGGCGACACAGAGGACCUAGGAUACCUCAUCCGCAAGGAGGUGUUUGAGACAGAAGAUGAAGGAUUGGAGGACUAUUCAGAAGAGGACUCGCAGCUGCCUUGGAAGCAGGAGGAGCUCGGACUGGACGAGGAUGAAGAGGAGACUUCACCCCUGGACGCUUUCCUUAAUUCUGUUAACCUACUGGACUUUGCCCCUGUGUUCGUCCGUGAGCAGUUGGACCUUGAAGCCCUCAUGCUCUGCUCAGAUGAUGAUCUAAAAAGCAUCCGGAUCCAGCUGGGACCUCGCAAGAAGAUUCUAGAAGCAGCAGCUAGAAGGAAAGCAGCCUUGGAGCAGCCUGGUGUCAUUAAGGACACCUUCCUGUAAUGCCACCAUACGUACAUUCAUACGCAACAGUUUGAACCCCUUUUGCUGAUUUUAUUUGUGAAAAUAAGUACAAAUUCUCUCCAGGGAAUAAGCUGAAAUAUUUUUCCGCAAAUGUUUUAGUGCAGAGAAUUUGUUAAGCAGAUAAACAAUAAUCAUGCAGUAAAAUGUACAGAAGUGUGUUCUCUGUAGAGGGUGUGUCAUCUAACUCUUUUUCAUUUAAAAAGUCAACAAAAUGUGUAAUUUAACCAGAGGUGCCCAAACGUCUGUACACCACUGUGUAUGAAUGUUUCCAGUGUCAUUUAUCUGAAACUCUAAGUGAUUCAACUGCUUAUUCCUCGUCACACUGUUUCACAGCUUUUCAAAUAUUGAAAUAAUUUACUGUAAAUGUAAGAUGUUGGUAAUAAAAUAUGUAAAAUACUUUAUUAUAGAAAAAAAUCAGCAAAUUCUUGUCUUGUAUUAUUUGCCAUUUAAAAUUCCUUACAAA